AUGCGAUUAAGUCUGCCUCGGCAAGUGUAUCGUCUACGCUUGAUUCCCUACUUGGCCAGUAUUUGCUUGGCAAAACAGAAAUCACAGGCCGAACAAGAACGAAAGGAGAGAGAAGAGAAAGAGAGGCAACGAUUGGAGGAAAAGAGGUUCAGACAGAUGCUCCCUGUGGAAAAGUGCCUCGCAUACACAAGACAUGAACCGCUGACUCUGCUUGAUUCUGAUUAUAGAAAUGCAAUCAAGAAACCAUCAUACGAGGAAGAGGUCAAACGGAUACAAAGCCCAGAGAGUACGGGUGCAGCUUGUGCGUCGGAUGAGGAAUACGCUGGUUCAUACGAUGGUGGCCCCGGUGGGGGGAUUCACCGAUUUUUCCAAGAUUCCUACGAUGUAGUCAACGUGGAGCCUCGAGUAGCUUCAAGACUUCCGCCUUUGCUUCGUAUUAGGGGCCGAAUUGUACCCGUUAUCGUUUUUGAUUAUAUACAUGAAACCAUUAAAAAUGCAAUACAUCACGUCGCAGUAUUACGAUUGACUAGACCAGGUGGGUAUUGGAAUGAGAAUAUAGCGAAGGCGAACAACGGUAUAUCUCCAUCUUUGAAGACAUGGUACGGAAGGGUCGCUAUUUUGCUGUUGAUGUCCCUCCAGAAUCGUGUUUCAAAGAUAUUUAUUUGUUGCCGCUACCAGCUGGAGAGA